CUGAAGACUCCAAACUCCAUCUGCUCAGCUCUCCCCAGAGCCAAACAAACCAUUCUCCAAAAUGUCCACCAAACGCAUCACAAAGGAAUUCGCCGAAGUCUCCCAAACGCCCCCCGAAGGCUUCACCGUCUCCCUCCCCCCCAACGCCUCCGUCCAUACCUGGCACAUCACCCUCCAGCCGCCGCCCCAAUCGGCCUUUUACCCAGGCCGCUUCGGCAUCCUCCUCACUUUACCCACCGACUACCCCUUCAAGCCGCCCGUCGUCAAGUUCGUCACCCGCCUCUACCACCCAAACGUCACAAACGACUCCCUCGGCAACGUCUGCCUCGGCAUCCUCAAGGCCGAGAACUGGAAGCCCAGCACAAAGAUCGUCUCCGUGCUCGAGGCCGUGCGCAACCUGCUCGUCGAGCCCCAGCCCGACGACCCGCUCGAGGAGCGCAUCGCCGACGAGUAUCGCAACGAUAGGGCCACGUGGGAGCAAAAGGCCAAGGCUCAGGUCACUAAGUAUGCGCUUGAGGACCCGGUCUUUCCGGCGACGGCGGCUUAGAAUCUCUCUGGAGAUGUGGAGGGGCUCUCUUUACAAUAAUGAAAAGGCAAGGGGGUAGGAGUUGGACGCGAACUAGAAUUUAACAACAGUCAAGAGAGAGACAGAAAGGCUGAGAGAAGCUUUGGCUUUCGAUACUUACAUGGUGGAGAUCGUAACGGACGUCUAC